GAGAUGACUUAAACUGCCCUGCAUGCGCGCGCUCCUCCAGCGUCGUCACAGCGACGGUAAGGCGAGGCGAGGUCGGCGCCCGCGGCUCGUGAGCUGAGAUAAGAAAACCAUGUCGUACACGAAGUUUGUAGCAGCUCUUCUUCGGGCAACCCCGGGCAAUGUCAGGAAGAUACGAGCGUCACCUGGAAGAUGUCGGUCCACGGUGGCCUCCACCAAGAGCCAGGAAGAGAAAGGUCAACAGAUAGACGGCUGCACGGUGGUGGAAGCUGCGCCGGUCGAACUCAUCAGCCAGACCAAACAUGCUGAAAACACGCAGUUGUGUAAAAUCCACAUUGACUUCGACAACACGGAGGAAGCGUACAAAAGCAAGGAUAACGUUGAACUGCUCCGAAGUCUGCUGGUCUUCAAGCUGUGUACAAUUGACGUCCUCGUUGAGAAGAACAAAGAGUUGAUGGAUCUGACCAAGAAGGUGCUUGGUCAGUGGAUGUUUGAGAAGCUGAUGAAAAUGACCUUUUAUGGUCAGUUUGUGGCAGGGGAAGAUCACAACUCCAUCAAGCCUUUGAUCCAGAAGAAUCAGGCCUUUGGUGUGGGGGCCGUUUUGGACUAUAGUGUUGAAGAGGACUUGACACAAGAAGAGGCAGUGAAGAAGGAAAUGGAUGCAUGUGUUUCUGAAGCAGAGAAAGAAAGUCCAGACGCUGAUUAUCGUGAGAAGAAGUACAAGGCGCAUCGUCAGUUUGGGGACAGGCGUGGAGGGGUCACUAGUGCUCGCACCUACUUCUAUGCAGAUGAGUCCAAAUGUGACAACCAAAUGGAGACAUUCAUAAACUGCAUUAGCGCCUCCGGGGGAGCCUCUGCAGAUGGAUUUUCUGCCAUCAAAAUGACUGCUCUCGGACGCCCACAGUUCCUUCUCCAGUUUUCAGAAGUCCUGGUUAAAUGGAGACAGUUCUUUAACUUCCUCUCAGCAAAGCAGGGAAAAUCUGACAUGAUCGUUUUGGAACAAAAGCUGGAGCUGGAACAACUCAAGGAAACUCUGACUAAGAUGGAUAUUGGAGCCAUGGAUGACAAAGAGAAUUGGUUUACUGGAGAGAAGCUGGGUUUGUCGGGAACGAUCGAUCUGCUGGACUGGAACAGUUUAAUAAACGAUACAACAAAAAUCUCCAAUCUGCUCAUGGUGCCAAACCUUCAGACCGGCCACCUGGAGCCUUUGUUGAACACGUUUACAGCCGAGGAGGAGAGGCAGAUGAAGAGAAUGCUACAAAGAGUGGACGUUCUGGCCAAGCAUGCCAUGGAGAAGGGGGUAAGGCUCAUGGUGGACGCCGAGCAGACGUACUUUCAACCAGCUAUUAGUCGACUGACCCUGGAAAUGCAGAGGAAAUUCAACAGAGAAAAGCCAAUUAUUUUCAACACUUACCAGUGUUACCUCAAGGAAGCCUAUGACAAUGUAACUGUGGACGUUGAGCUCUCACGACGGGAGGGCUGGUACUUUGGUGCCAAACUUGUUCGUGGAGCCUACAUGUACCAAGAGAGAGACAGGGCCAAAGAGAUUGGCUACGAAGACCCAAUAAACCCCGACUAUGAGGCUACUAACAGGAUGUAUCACAAAUGUCUGGAGUACGUGCUGGAGGAGAUUGAUCACAGCAGGAAAGCAAAUAUCAUGGUUGCAACUCACAACGAGGACACCGUGAAAUUCACCCUUGAAAAGAUGAAUGAGAUGGGCCUUUCCCCCACAGAGAAUAAAGUUUACUUUGGACAGCUGCUGGGCAUGUGUGACCAGAUCAGCUUCCCGCUAGGUCAAGCGGGUUUCCCGGUCUAUAAGUACGUUCCAUAUGGCCCAGUCAACGAGGUCAUUCCUUAUCUGUCUCGCCGCGCUCAAGAGAACCGUGGCUUCAUGAAGGGAUCCCAGAGAGAGCGCAGCCUGCUGUGGACGGAGCUGAAGCGCAGGGUGCUGGGUGGGCAGAUGUUCUACAAGCCUGUCUACUGAGUGAAGAACCACAACGUACGACCUGCAGUGUGUCUGUCAGCAUUUCACUGCUUUACCUGCUUACUGUAGGGGAAGAUUAACGUCCUUCCUUGGCUUGUUCGACUGGGAAGAUUUCUGUUUGCCUCAAAAUAGUUAGUUUGACUAAAUUAAUGGGAUUGCAAUCCUCAGAAUCAACACAACAAACGUUGCACUUUUUCAAGAAACGUUUGCUAAUGUUUAUGCCUCUAAACAUCACUCAUCUUUAAUUGAUGGAGAUAUACAGUAUGGCAUUUUUCUGUAGAGGCUAAGACAAUUCUAAAUUAAUUAAGUGAAUGUAUGAUUACCAAAGGUGUUGUGCCUGUAUAUAAAUAUAGAUAUAGGUCCUUUUGUUUGUUUAUUUUAAAGGAAACACAUUUGUUUAGUGUUUAUCUCACAUGUAGCUGUCACUCAAAAGUGCCUUAUGAUUGUUUUCUUAAGAUAAACUGGAAGCAAUCAGCGACUGUACACCUAAGUUGGUUUUUGUAACUGUUCACUCCUCCGAGGGGAUUGUUCCCUAUUUUAGCUUAUUUAUUGAUGAUGCUGGUGUCAAGUAAUAAUCAAUUAAUUUGCCAAUUCUUCUGCAGCGUAGUGAUUUUGAUAACAAACAUGGCGAUUCUCUCUUUGAUCUCUCAUGACGCACUCACGUCGAUGUUCUUGAGGCAAAGGAGAUCAAAUCAAACACACGGUUUUGGUUUCUAGGAAACAAGCCAGCUGCCUCUAAUGUGGAAGUGACUGUUUGCAGUCGCUGACCUUCAUUUGGCCUCUGACACAACAAACCUAACUUAAGCUGCACCAAAGUACUCUGGGAAUACCGGCGCUGUUGUAUGAACUGUGAUGGAGGACAAACUGACAGGCAGUUCAAUUGAGUUUAAUGGAAGUCCUGGAUAAAGUCUUUUAAAUGAAUACUGUAAAAGUCCUAACAUUGAAAACUAAUGUUAACAGUGUUUUUGUGGAGUAAAGACUUUGAGUGCUUCAAGCUCUUUGUUCAAACAUGGAAAGUUUGAUUUUCGAAAACAAAAGGCUUACAUUUAAAAAUCUCUCACCUGGAAUGAUCCACAUCUUGAGGAUUUGAUUUCAUUUGAAUGCAUUUCCUGAUGUUUUUCUUUUCUUUGUGUUUUGUUUCCUCAUCACUGCUCUGUAAGUAUAUUGUGUACAGUUGUAAAAUAUAUGUAAUCAUUUAACACAAUCAAAUAGAGAUAACAAUAAAAUAAACAAGAAUUGUGUUUAC